GCAGUCUGUCAGAGAUCAGCUGUUCUUCUCUGGCUUCAGCUCUGAGGUCAAACCCCUCUCAUCUGAGAGAACUGGAUCUGAGCUUCAACAACCUGCAGGACUCAGCAGUGAAGGAGCUGUGUGGUUAUCUACAGAGUCCAACCUGUCUACUGGAGAUUCUGGGGUUGUGGUGGUGCAGUCUGUCAGAGAUCAGCUGUUCUUCUCUGGCUUCAGCUAUGAGGUCAAACCCCUCUCAUCUGAGAGAACUGGAUCUGAGUGACAACAACAACCUGCAGGACUCAGGAGUGAAGGAGCUGUGUGGUUUUCUACAGAGUCCAACCUGUCGACUGGAGACUCUGAGGUUGUUUCGCUGCAGUCUGACAGAGAUCAGCUGUUCUUCUCUGGCUUCAGCUCUGAGGUCAAACCCCUCUCAUCUGAGAGAACUGGAUCUGAGAGGAAACGACCUGCAGGACUCAGGAGUGAAGGAGAUGCUUGAUCUACAGCAGAGUCCAACCUGUCGACUGGAGACUCUGAGGUGGGAGGGGUCUCGGUCGAGCUGAGUGUGAAGAGGACAGUGUGUGUGGACGGAGGCUGAGCUGUGUCCUGAGGAUCCAGAGGCUGAAGCAGGAGCAGCUUGUGUGUAGUCUCCAAUCUACACAACCCCUAACCUGCAUGUCUUUGUGAGAUGAAGCCGGAGCACCUGGAGAAAACACGGGGAGAACAUGCAGACUCCACACAGGAAGACCAAUCUGAACCGGAUUCAAACCAGCAACCUUCCUGCCCCGAUUGUGUUUAUUCACAUGAAGAAUGUGUUUAUUGAAAUGACACAACACAAGCAGAAUAUAUAAACCCUCUAUAAAGAGUCACACACAGUGUGUUUAAGUUUGUCUUUAUUAUUGUCCACCUUUGUCCCUCAGUUUGUCUCCAUGUGUG